CUCGGGAAUAUUUGCGUGUAAGUCAGUUGCCCGACAAGUUUCUUGCUUGUUUUUAAAAGCGAUCUAAAUCCUUCGACUGUUUUACAUCCCAAAGAUUAAGUAACGCGCUUCGACUAUGCACAUCGCAGCACAGGUUCCGCGAGAAGAGCUAAAGCUAAUAGCUCCAUAAAUAAUGCAGCGCAGCGGAGAGUCUCUCGCGACCGUUAAUUCUCUUCAGAUAUACUCUCGGAAGACUCAUCUGCCGAAGCUCUCAACCUUCAGCUGUUUCACGCGAAUGCCGAGUUCCGAUAAAAUUUUCGUCGGUUCUUUCGCAAAAAUUCUCUUCUUCGUAUCACUCGACCCUUCGACUACUCAAUAAUUCAUACGUUAUACCGCCGAUCGUACGAUCGGAACCUUCGACGGUCUCUAUACGUAUAGCUGUUUUUUUUAGCGGUACAGCAGUUAUAGACGACACGCAUGACCCGACAAAGCCAAGGCUCGACUUGGCAAAGUUCUUCUUACUUCAGUCAGAAAAUGGGACAAUCAGAAAAUUCGUUGAAUUUCGAGAGACUGACGGGAGUCUACGUAUUUUUUCACCGCCUCAUCGGGGUUUUACCUUUGGAGAACCGCGACUUCAGCUUUCCCUGCUGCAGGAUGCUUCUCAUUUACUUCGUGUUUAUUGGCCUACUCAACAGUGCUCUGUUUCUGCGCUACUGCGUUAUACGUAUUAUGCAGGGCGUAGUGGAAGUGGACAGCAUAUUCGUCAUGGUGAUGGCUGUGAGCACGAUUAUGCGAUACUACAUAUUAGUGUACCACCGCUUCGACUUUCGUGACACGAUGGACGCGUGCCGAGUCAUCUGGAACGACUGCACACCCAACGAGCACCAGAUAGUCCGUUGGUUCGAACGCAAGACUUGGAUGCUGUUCAAGCUCCUGGCCGGAAGCGGUAUGUUCAUCAACGUCUUUUGCUCGAUCGGAUCGAUCGUCGUGAGAUUACCACCGGAUGAGCCCAAUGGUACCGAGCGACGUUUGCUGCCGUACAGGUGGUUUAUCGAAGAUCGGGAGUAUCACUGGCUAGGCUACGAGUUGAUUUUCGGACUGCAAGUCUUGAUCACCCAUCACUUGACCGUGAUAGCCGCGACCGUUGAUACGGCUGGACCUCUUCUCAUGAUGAUCAGCUGCGGCUUCUUCAAGGCCCUGCAAGAGCGCUUUUUCGCAGCUGCGGCCAGGAACGAAAUGAUUCUGUGCAAGGAUAAGCUUGAAUUUAAGCAGACUAUCGUUUCCUGCUCGAAGUUUCACCAAAGCGUGCUGGUUCUCUGCAAGAAAAUCGAGGUGAUGACACGGAUGAUUUUCAUGGUCCAACUCAUUUGUCUCGGCUACAACAUAUCUCUCAUCGGUCUGAAGCUUACAGGAACCGAUCCCGAGCGUUUUCAGUACAUUCCCAACCUCGUGCUUUGCCUCUGUCAGUUGUUCAUCACCCAGUGGGCCUCCGAUUACCUUCUGGAACAGAGCGAAGAAGUAGCAACCGCUGCAUAUUUCGCAACUCUGAUGUCUCUCGAUGCUCGAAUCGGCGGACUCUUGCUGACUAUGGUGAUAAGAGCUCAGAAGCCGGUACAGAUGACGGCUGGCGGCGUGAUCAAGCUAUCCAUCGAGAGAUUCGGCAGCCUGAUAACCAAUGCAAUUUCGUUUUUCAUGGUACUCCGAAAUUUUACUACGCAAGUAUAAGUGAGAAUUGCUAGAUGUUUUUUAAAAAUUUUCUAUUUUGAUUUAAGACACGUAUAUUAAAAUUAAUAUGUUCAAUUUACAUUAUACA